AUGGCGAUGAAGUAUUUGGUCCUAGCGAUUACUAUGUUUAUUACACUGGAUAAUUGCACUUCAUUAGCGAUGGAUGGUAGGGAUACGCUUCUAGUGGGAGAUUCGCUCGCUGGAAAUCAGACCAUAAUGUCAAAGAAUGGCACGUUUGCACUAGGGUUUUUCAGUCCGGGAGGAACAAAUAAUUGGUACAUUGGCAUCUGGUACGCAAUCUCUCCGAAGGUCAUAGUUUGGGUGGCCAACAGAGAUAAUCCUGUCAGACGCGUGCCCGGUGUCCUGAAAUUUUCAAGCCGUGGUCGUCUCAGACUGUUUGAUAGAGAGGGCCGUUCAGUGUGGUCAACUGAUGAUGGUCUGAAAGGAUCGUGGGCGAUGAUAACGGAACUUGGUAAUUUAAUAAUGCUGGGUCACAAUAAGUCUGAGAUUAUUUGGGAGAGUUUCGCUCAUCCGGGAGAUACAUGGUUGCCUGGCAUGAAGAUGUGGAAAGGCAUGAGGCUAGCUUCCUGGAAACCUUCUGUGGAUCCUGCAAUUGGGCUCUUCUCUAUAGGGAUGGAUUUGUCUCCAGGAAAGACGCAGUUGGUGAUGGUCUACAACAAUAGUGUUCCAUAUUGGUCCACUGGAGAGUGGACUGGAAAUUAUUUUGCCAAUCAUCCGGAGGUGUAUUCUCCCAAGAAAUUCGAAUGUCCUGUAUAA